AUCCGGGCUGUCUGCUCUCUAUAACUGCUUGACUGCGGCUGGCACACUUGCCAUCCAAACUUCGUUGCGCAUCAGACCUGUUGAACCUCCGUGCUAGUUUGUGACCAUGCCUACUCUUGGAUACUGGAAAAUCAGAGGACUUGCUCAACCUAUUCGUCUGCUACUAAACUAUGCUGGGGAGGAGUUUGAGGAUGUGCAGUAUGAGCAAGGCGAUGCUCCAGGCUACAGCCGAGACGCCUGGCUCAAAGUGAAGCAUACACUAGGGCUUGAUUUUCCAAAUCUUCCUUAUUACAUUGACGGAGAAUACAAGAUCAUACAAAGCAAUGCUAUUAUAAGGUACAUUGCUCGCAAACAUAACCUAUUGGGCAAGACAGAACACGACAGGAUCAACGUAGACAUUACGUUGGAAAAUGCCAUGGAUUUUAGAAAUGGUAUUGUGCGGAUGGCCUACAACCCUGAAUAUGAGAAACUGCUUCAAGACUAUCCUCAGGGCAAAGAAACGAUUGGUAGUUUUGAGAAGUGGUUGUCAAAAAAUAAGUGGUUUGGUGGUAAUGAGGUGACUGUUGCCGACUUCCCUAUGUAUGAGCUGCUGGACCAGCACCGAAUAAUGGUUCCAGGCAUCCUGGAUGAGUUCCCCAAGAUUACAGCUUUCAUGAAAGCAUUUGAGGAGCUGCCAGCCAUCAAGAAGUACAUGAGUUCUCCCAAGUUUAUGGCCCGUCCUAUUAACAACAAGUCAGCAACGUUCAAGUGAAAAAAGCAUCAGCAUCCUUCAGAAUAUUGAUUGUGCAAGUUGAAGAUACGUGCCAUGUUUGUUAGGUACAAAGUAAAGGUACUGAUUCAUGUGUGUACACUGGAUCAUGACUUCAGUGACAGCAGAAUAGUCAACUUGAGAGAGUGUUGAUCACUCCUCAACAGCUGUUGAAGGUUCUAGAAUUCAAGACUGACUUUAACAGUAUUGCAGUCAAAUUAUUUUUGUAAAACUUACUGGUUCAGAUCAUCAGAGUCUGAAUUAGAAACUCUUUAAUAUAUUUUUGUUUGAAAAGUCUGAUUGGUUUAAAUAAUGGGGUGAUUACAAAUGGGUAUCUGUGACCAGUCAGUAAACAAUUAUUUUUGGCAAGUCAUCUGAUGAUGCAGAUUUUAGAAGAAAACUAUUUCAGACAGGCAUUUAGCAAGACAUUGAAAAUAUUUAUAUGCAGGAUAUUUUUGACACAAAAAUGAAGUCUGAAUAUCGUUCCAAGCAUUCAAGUACUGCUAGGUAAGCUGGGCAGUGAUUGUAUUUUCAGUGUUACAUAAGAAUUAAAAACUGUCUGCUGAAGUCUG